AUGAUCAUUUCAGGAAUAAUGAAGCCUUCCAGAGGAAAGCUGCCUCUACCCAUCACUAUCAUUACAAUCAGUGUUCUUCUCUUCAUAGCUGUCUUGUAUGCAGAAAGACUCAGUUUCUUUUCCUCCAAGUCCAUUUUCAAGUUCAAAUCCUGUCCUAGAAAGAACACAAAACCAAAACCUAGUGAUAAAAGAGUAGAAGAGGUGGUUGUAAAUGCAUCAUGGAUUGAUGACAGGUUUGAUUUUGACCCAGAGGAGUGCAAUGUUGCCAAUGGAAAAUGGGUGUUUAACCAUUCAAUGAAGCCUCUUUACUCUGACAUAAGUUGCCCUUAUAUAGAUAGACAAUUCUCUUGUAUCAAGAAUGGGAGGAAAGAUUCUGAUUACCCCUAUUGGGAGUGGCAGCCAGAAGAUUGUACCUUACCCCAAUUCAAUCCACAGCUAGCCCUCAAAAAGCUUCGAGGAAAAAGGCUGCUAUUUGUAGGGGAUUCACUGCAAAGAAACCAGUGGGAAUCUUUUGUCUGUUUGGUAGAAUGGGUCAUACCUCAAAAUCAGAAAUCUAUGAAACUAGGGAGCAUUCAUUCAGUCUUCCAAGCCAAGGAAUACAAUGCUACUAUAGAAUUCUAUUGGGCCCCAUACCUUGUAGAGUCCAACACUGAUAUCAAUAUCAUAGGAGACACAAAGAAAAGGAUAAUAAAAGUGGAUGCUAUAGCAGAGAGAGCCAAAAACUGGACUGGAGUGGAUAUCCUUGUUUUCAACACCUAUGUAUGGUGGAUGAGUAGUGCCAAGAUUAAGUCACUAUGGGGUUCAUUCUCCAAUGGAGAAGAAGGGUUUGAAGAAUUUGAUGCACCAGUGGCUUAUAAGUUAGCUUUGAGGACCUGGGCCAACUGGGUCGACACAACUAUCAAUCCAAACAAAACCAGGGUCUUUUUCACAACCAUGUCACCUACACACACAAGAAGUGAAGACUGGGGCAACAUGGAAGGUGUCAAAUGCUUCAAUGAAACAAAGCCAGUAAGGAAAAAGAAGCACUGGGGAACUGGUUCUGAUAAGAGCAUAAUGAGUGUGGUGACCAAAGUGGUGAAGAGAAUGAAAGUUCCAGUGACUUUCAUUAACAUAACACAGAUCUCAGAGUACAGGAUUGAUGGUCAUUCCUCAGUUUACACUGAAAAUGGAGGGAAGCUCUUAACUGAAGAGGAAAGAGCUGAUCCACAAAAUGCAGAUUGCAUACAUUGGUGUUUGCCUGGAGUUCCUGAUACAUGGAAUCAAAUAUUUUUGGCAAUGUUAUAA